AUGGACCCCGACAAGGUCUCUACAAUCCUCAACUGGAAGCCACCAACAGCACUCCGCGACUUACAAAGAUUCCUCGGCUUUGCAAACUUUUAUCGCCGCUUUAUCCGUGACUUCUCCAAGAUCACCCGGCCAUUAAAUGACCUCCUGAAGAAGAGCACAAUCUGGUCCUGGGAGGUAGAACACCAAACCGCCUUUGACCGACUGAAAGCCGCAUUCUCCGUAGCACCGGUUCUAGCCUUAUAUGACUAUAAUAGGAAAACUGUACUUGAAACAGACGCCUCGGACUGGGCGUCUGGAGGAGUCUUGUCCCAGUAUGAUGAUGAAGGCGUACUGCGACCUGUAGCCUACUUCUCGUCAAAACACUCGGCCCAGGAAUGCAACUACGAGAUCUACGACAAGGAACUACUGGCGAUCAUUAAGGCUCUAAACCAACGACAAGUCCGCUGGUCCGAGUUCCUGUCAGGCUUCAACUUCCGUAUUGUUUAUCGACCAGGCACCAAAGCCGUCCGUCCAGAUGCGCUAAGUCGAAAGCCAGAAGACCAACCCAAGCGCGCAGACACAAACGACGACCGCAUUAAGAACCGCCAACGGACCAUUCUGCCAGAACACAUCUUUGACCCAGAGGCCCUGGCUGAACUGACUCGAGAAGUCAAUGGGGAAUUCGACCUCGCUGCCGCCCCGAUAGACGUUAUCAUGCCAGCCAUGGACAAACCCAUCGAUGAACUGGUCGAUAGAGCCUACGAAAAUUCAGAGAUGGCCCAAGACAUGCUGACGGCCCUGAGAGACGCAUCAACCCACCGCCGCUGGCCCAAGAAAUGGCGAAAGGAACUUCGCGUAGCAAUGGCAGACUGCUCUGUCAUUGGGAAUCGCAUAUACUACCGCGAGAAGCUCUUCAUACCACCCAACGAUCAGGAACUAAAGACCCAGGUUAUUUACCGUACGCACUCCACAGGCCCUGCAGGACACCCGGGCGGAUAA